AUGGAGCGACUGGGGCGGCGUGGCCGGACGGAGAGGUACCCCGCCUGGAGGGAAUUGUUUCCCCCUUUCCUCCUCCUCCUUCUGGCAGAAGAUUGUUUGGCUCAGUGUGAUAAUGACUGCAAGGCUUACUGCUGUGACGGGACUUCUCCCUACUGCUGUUCAUAUUAUGCCUACAUUGGGAAUGUCUUUUCAGGCACAGCAAUAGCUGGAAUUGUUUUCGGCAUAGUUUUUAUAAUGGGAGUGAUUGCUGGGAUUGCCAUCUGUAUCUGCAUGUGCAUGAAAAGCAACCGUGAGACUCGAGUAGGGGUCAUCCGAACAACACACAUCAACACCAUCAACACAUACUCAGUGGCUCCACCACCAUACAGUUAUGAACAUGAAAUGGAGUACCCAGCUGACCUACCUCCACCUUAUACUCCAACCCCACAGACUGUGAUACAAUAUCCCCCACCCCCUUCAUACCCUGGAUAUUCAGGGAAAUAAUGAACAUGGCUUCACAUGGAUAUUGACUGCUUCUUGAAACAGCCAACACUGCUGGGACAAUGCUAUUGGCUCAGGGACAAAUAGGAUUGGGUUUUGCAUCAACACAUGUGGCCAGGUGUUGAAAUUAACUGGAAGGUUGCCAAGGCUCAGGAUGAAUAAAAAUACUGUCCACUCUGGACCAUCACAUUUCAUGAUUAAACAACAUGUGACCAAAGAAACAGUUCCUAAAAGUUAGUGUCUGAUGAGUAGUGCUUAACACCAGUUCUUAGCUUCACCUGCAGCACAUGGGAGUGGGGGUUUUCCCACACAGGAAUGUGCAAGUGGUGCAAAUGGUUCAACAGUUUCACAAGCACAAGAGGCAGCUGGAGCUUAUUCUGGAGGAAAGCGUCAACUGUUGUCUUGAGGUAACUGCUAUGCCUUUCCUUGAAACAAGGGGAAUAAGCAAGAACAAGGAAGACUGAAACUGUUUUCUGUUUCUACUUACAGCUGAUAAUACCCAAUGAUCACUGUGCAUAUUGGGCUGAUAACCAUGUUACAAUGAGAAGUGCUGGUAGCGUUUUCUAGUAAUUAAAAAAUUAUGGGUAUUAUUUUUUGGCCAAGUGCGGAUUUUUUAAGUGCCUCUUUUUAAGCAGUUUGUGACUAGUUUAUGAACUGAAAUGUUAACAUAAGGAGAAUUUUUGUAUGUGAAAUACACUCAUUUAUAGCUGAUUUAUUUUUACCUGGACUUAAACCUCUAUACAUUGGAAAUAUGCUAAAAUGCUUUUAUAUCAGCAAAUGAUAUUUUGAUUUUAGUAUAAAAUUACUGAAUCAGCAGAACUCACAAAUGGGAGAAAAAAUGCAAAACAAAUAUUAAAAUGUCCUAGAUUUUAUAUCAGUUCAAUUGCAUAAAGCCAGGGGUUUUAAAUUUUAUUUACCAGUAAUGAGAAUAUCCAGCCUUAGCAAAGAGAUGAGGGUGGAGACUGUGAGCGUCUGAUUACUUUUGAAUGUGUCUUGGGCAGUUCAAAACUGUAGGUCAUCAAUUAAUACUUUUUACAUUUGUCAUGCAUGUUGUUCAAACUUACUUAUUCUCUAUUAUAUGCAGUCUAGAUCUUUAUGAUUGAAAGUAUUCUAUGUACUUAUGAAGGUAACUAAUUCUGCAGCAGCUAUUUGACUUCAAAAUAGCAUAUUCCAUUACCUAAACCAUCAUCUUUCAUCAUUAAGACUAUUAUUUUUCUCAGGUUUAUAUGCCAACCACAAAGAGUGUGUCUCUUCAAGAAUUUAAAAGUGCUGAAUGCUCUUAGUUUGAGUUGGGCAUCUGAGCAGUUUGAGAAUGCAAUAACUGUGGCAUCAACUGCAGGUUGCUGCUGGUUCACAGAGAUCAGAAUGUAUUUAAAUGUUUUCCAGUGUAGCCUUUCUCUUCUUUUCAAGUGUAUUCAUGUAGUAACAAAUAAAAAAGCAGCUUGCAAAAAGGA